UUACGCUGCUCCAGCCGAGCCGCAGUUUCUCAGCAAAAAACCGACGCGAAUCAAACGACAAAUGUAACUGCUUCACCCGAGGCCACAAUGGGAUUUACACUGAGACGCUUUCUUGGUGGUAAACCGUCGAAAGCACCCCUGCUGCUGCCUUUCCUGCUCACGUUGCUGCUCGUCGGGAGCCGAGGCGACAGCAAUGCGAUGGACAACGUCGCAACUGAGAGGAUGGCUGAGGAAAGCCACCGACAGGACAGUGCCAAUCUGCUUAUAUUCAUAAUGCUCCUGACGCUCACCAUUUUAACCAUAUGGCUCUUCAAACACCGCAGAUUUAGGUUCCUGCACGAAACUGGACUGGCCAUGAUCUAUGGCCUGUUGGUGGGUGUGAUCCUGCGGUUUGGCAUCCACGUGCCCCAAAGUAUGAGCGACGUGAUCCUCAGCUGCGCCGUCAACGCCAGUCCUGCCACUCUGCUGGUCAAUGUCAGCGGGCGCUUCUACGAGUACACUCUGAAGGGCGAGGUCAGCCGCGGCAAAGGUCACCAAGUGCAGGACGAUGAGAUGCUGAGAAAGGUAACCUUUGACCCAGAAGUGUUUUUCAACAUUUUACUGCCUCCCAUCAUCUUCCAUGCGGGUUACAGUCUGAAAAGGAGACAUUUUUUCAGAAACAUCGGCUCGAUCCUGGCUUAUGCUUUCAUGGGAACAGUUAUAUCCUGCUUUGUUAUUGGACUCAUCAUGUAUGGCUUUGUGUCCUUCAUGAAAGUCGUGGGCCAGCUUGGAGGAGAUUUUUACUUUACCGACUGCCUCUUCUUUGGGGCCAUUGUUUCAGCAACAGACCCUGUGACAGUGCUGGCUAUCUUCAAUGAGCUAAAAGUAGACGUUGACCUGUAUGCUUUACUGUUUGGGGAGAGUGUCCUCAACGAUGCUGUGGCCAUCGUCCUCUCCUCCUCCAUUGUGGCGUACCAGCCUGCAGGUGACAACAGCCACAGUUUCGAAGCCAUGGCUAUGUUGAAAUCGUUCGGCAUCUUCCUGGGCGUCUUUAGCGGAUCUUUUGCUCUUGGAGUUGCUACCGGAGUAAUGACUGCUUUCGUGACCAAGUUCACUAAGCUGAGAGACUUCCCCUUGCUGGAGACGGCUCUCUUUUUCCUGAUGUCCUGGAGCACCUUUCUGUUGGCUGAGGCCUGCGGCUUCACAGGUGUAGUAGCUGUGCUGUUCUGUGGAAUCACUCAGGCCCACUACACCUAUAACAACCUCUCACCUGAAUCACAGGACAGGACCAAACAGCUGUUUGAGCUGCUGAACUUCCUGGCCGAGAACUUCAUCUUCUCCUACAUGGGCCUGACUCUCUUCUCCUUCCAGUCACACGUCUUCAACCCUUUGUUCAUCAUUGGAGCCUUUGUGGCGGUGUUUCUUGGCAGGGCUGCAAACAUCUACCCCUUGUCCUUCCUCCUCAACCUGGGCCGCAAAAACAAGAUCGGAUCCAACUUUCAGCACGUUAUGAUGUUUGCAGGUCUGCGUGGGGCGAUGACCUUUGCCCUUUCUAUCCGAGACACAGCGACUUACGCCCGUCAGAUGAUGUUUUCAACCACCCUACUGAUAGUUUUCUUCACCGUCUGGAUCUGUGGAGGUGGCACCAUGCCCAUGCUGUCCUUUAUGAGCAUACCGGUGGGUGUGGACUCUGAUCAAGAAAACUCUAGUUCAGCUGUGUUGGAUGGGUCACAGCGGAGGAACACCAAACACGAGAGCGCCUGGCCAUUCAGGAUCUGGUAUAACUUUGACCGCAACUACCUGAAACCCCUGCUGACCCACAGUGGCCCUCCUCUCACUGCUACUCUGCCUGCCUGUUGUGGACCACUGGCACGAUGCCUCACCAGCCCACAGGCCUAUGAGAACGAAGGCCAGCUCCACGACGACGACUCCGACUUCAUCCUGAACGACGCCAGCGUGAGCUCCAUGUACGCAGACGUCACCGUCAGCACGGACGCAUCCGGAUCGCGCACCGUCAACCCCAAGCGCUCCUCCGCCGCCAGCACCGGGGGAGGCCCGUUCGACGAAGGUCUGGAUCACGAGCUGGCCACAGCGGAACACGAAGUGGCGAUCCGGGGCACUCGCCUGGUCCUGCCCAUGGACGACCCCGUGGAGCCCCCGACCACCGUCACCCUGCCGCCGCCGCCAUCCCCGCCGCGCUCCGAACCUCGCAGGCACAGACUGUGAGAAAGAUCGCACCGUCAGGAUGCGGUUCGUUGUUUUCAGCUACAAAAAUCACACACGAUCCGAAGUUGAUGUUUCAAGCAAAAGGAAUCUUUUAUUUAACGUGUUUUUGAUCAAAACAACAAACUGCUUGUGUUGUAUGAGUCCUAUUUACGUCUCAUGUUAAGGGGACCACUUCUCUGUCUAACAUGCAGUUUUAAAAUUGUUUCUGCUUUCACAAACUUGAGAUGUGAUUGAAUUAACCCCCCCCUGUUGGGGUGGACUAUUGUAACUUUGAAUGUGAAUGCACUACAUAGAAGUUGAGGUACUUCAAGUCAUGAACAUCUCAAGUUUAGAUGUUACUUAGAAUCAUAUGAGAUGCACAUUUAGCCACUACAAAGGAGGCUAAGAGUGGGGCUGUCGUCUUCUCUCCUACGUUUGUACUACUGUGGUGAUAUGCCAGUGCUCUUUAAAAGCCCCAGGUCUUGCAAGGUGCGUGGGUCGACCCAUAAGACAGCUGUAUAUGCAGUUUACCUUUCUCUCUGUGGUGGUGAAGUUCCUACUGGUGACAGUUUCUGUAUUUGUCCAGCUUCCUUCAGGUACUGAAGAUCACAAUCACCCCGAACACUCCGCUCUUGUAACACUCAGUGCUGUUUAGGAGCAUUUACGCUACAUUUACGUGACUAACUUCACUAACAUAGAUUGCUAUCUUUCUCUCCAUCCCCAUUUGUUUGCCUCCCUCUCAGAGUUCAUUAGUGCAGGAGGUUCAAGGAGGGCUUGUGAUUAUCAAAGGAGGGAGCAAACGGACAGACGGUGACAUUUACUGUGGGAGUGGUAUACAUAUAAGAUUAUCGGUAGAUACUGAUAGGUCAAAAGAACAACACCAUAAAAACUCACAGCGCGCGGGAGCCAGUCUACACUGAUUUUAGCACUGCCCCACCCCUUCUCAGUCUUUUUACUCAUUGAUUUAUUUAUUAAACAAAAAAAAAAAGAGAAAAGAUUUAUUUAUGCAAUGAUUUCUUUCGUUUAUUUAUUAUUUAUUUAUUGUCGUGUAGUGUGGCGUUCAUGACUGCGCAGUGGUGAAAGAGUGUUGUUGUUUUUCAUCAAGAAGAACAAAGCACUAUGAAUUUUUCCCCACAAGGUACAUUGUACAGUCAGAAAGUCACAGUGGAGGUGGAUAUUCAUUCAAGGAGUUUGUGUGCAUGUUCAAAAAAACAAAAACAAAACAAAUAUCUCCUUCCCGUACUGUAGCAGAUGCUUCUACUUUACAGUUGGAAACUAGAGCUUCCCUGUGUGUAUUUUACUGUAACUGUAAGUAUGUAUGUGUGUGUGUGUGUGUGUGUGUGUGUGUGGCUGAUCUGGCCAUAAUGUGGUUAUUAGGGCUAAUGUUUGUUUCCAGGUUUUCUGCCACCAUCUGGUUGAAUCUUCUUUCUUAAAAAAAAAAACAACCUAAAAGUAACUGCCGUGUCUUUGUGAUGUCCUAUCAUCAAAGAUAACUGAGGGCUGGCUGAACUGUUUUGAAUUAAAGUGCCUAUUCAGAAACUCGACUACUUAAUGUAGAUUUGUACAUAUUUUGAUUUGCUAAUGUGCAGUAAGACAUCUUUUUGGUUUUUAUAUGACUUUAAACCUUUUCAGUGAUGUUGAAUCUUUCCCAGUGCUCCCACUAUAAAUAGGCCACGAGGUGACUGCUUGUGGUGUAACUAUCUGUGCAUUCAGUGGUGGAGAACCCAAAAGAGUGCAAACUUUAAAUAUUGUGCAUCAUAGAAAACAACACUAAACAGUUUGUGAGCAGUGUACUUCUACUUUAUCAAAAGGUAUAUGUGUAAUAUUUCAAAAUAAAAUAAUACUUAGGAGCUGAAUAUCAAUUUGAGAGUCGAGGAAAAGGUACCAGGAGGAUGUCUCUGACGUUUUACUGAUUCUGUGUUGUGCACUUUUUUUUGGAAACUGACCUCAGUGAGAGAUACUUUGCACUUAGAUAUCUCCUUUGUUAACUGAGACCCUUGUUUGUCUUGAUUUCUGCUGAGCAGGCCUGUCUAAUACAGUAAUUUUUAUGACUGAGUUGAAAGUUACUUUCUGGUCAACAAUGAUAUCAUCAUAUAUGAAAAUGUUUUUAAUUGUGUCAAGCUGCACAUGUGUUGUCUUUUUGAUCUUUAAGCAGUAUUCUUAAUAUGAGGGUUGAGGGUUUUUUUUUUUUUGUUUUUUUUUUUGCAUAUUCAUCCAGAGAUGUGGACAUGCAUCUGUGUCCUUUGAUUUUCCAUUUCUGGAUUAAUUGUAUUUGAACAAUGAAACCAAACCCAUACUUCUAUUUCUAUGAGAAUUCUGAAGAAACUGUUGUAAUCUUAUAAUAGCAACCACAUCUAACACUAAAGAUCUGAAAAUGUUUCAUGAUGUUUCUGCCGUUUGUGGAAACUGUAUUUGUGAAAAGUACACCUGCAAUAGGUCCGUAAGUGAAUGUUUUUAAAAUGUUGAAGGGGGAAAUAAUCUCUGAUGAUAUCGAUUUUUUUGUUUGUUUUUCCCCUGUGUAGUUCUGAAGUUUAACAGUGUGUCUUCAGUCUGACAUCUUGCGAGUGUACUGAAAGAAAAAAUAAAAACACCUUUUGAAAUUGA